CAAAAAUAGUUACUAUUUAUUAUUUGUUGUAAAACAUAGAAGAAAGCUUAAAGAAUGGAAGCCAAAUUAAGAUAUUGCCAAGCUUGCUUAUGUAGUGAGCGCAAUCUGUAUCCCGUAGCUAAAAUGUAUACGAUUUUUCAAGAAAUUUCUUUAGGAGAGAUGAAAUCUUCACAAGGCGGUAUUUGCUGGGAAUGCAGAAAGAUACUUGUAAAGUUUACAAGAUUCAAAGCUCAAGUUCAAACUGCACAGAAAGCACUGACUAUGAUUGAUACUGAGAGUAUAGAUCUAAAAUGCCUUAGCAAUCUCUCAUAUGUGACAAUAACAAGUUUGCAAGAAUAUACAUAUUCCCAAGAUCCGUUAUACAAUGAAAAGAAGGAAAUGGAAGUAAAAGUGGAAACAGAAGAUGUGAAGUACAGUGACGAUGAUUGUGAAGAUAAUGUUUUUAUAGAUGCGAAGCCUGUUGAAAAUGUACAAGGAAUAUAUGCAGAAAUAUUAGACACAAAGGCGAAAGACUCAGUAUUAAAUGUAAAAGUAAGAAAAACAGUGAAAAGAAAGAAAAAAAGUAUGAAACUAGACAAAGGAGUUGAUAUUGAAGAAGAUGUUAUGAAGAAGUUUACAGCUGUAGUAUUGACUGAGGAAGACAUGGUCAAAUAUAGGUAA